AUGACAACAAUGAGGAAAUCUAUUCGUAGUGGGACCUCACACUAUCCUCCCGAGCUCGUCUUCUGGCCGAAAUGGGAAGUACAUCUCAGCACUGGGGAAAUCAUCCCGGAGCAAAGAGUCGCCCCCAGUUGGCAGAUUCCUCUUGAGCAGAACGACUUUGAGAUGAGCGACAGCUUAUUGAGUAGUUCGAUCUGCAAACCGUGGUCAACAAGACAUUUUAUAAGUAAUUACGACCUGAUGUUCAUCCACAAUUACGUUUUUGAGCACUGCGAGAAUCCGGACGCCACGAUUUAUUACAUUCAUGAGGACUACCUUCCUUCAACCAUAAACCUUGUUGAGCACGUCGCGAUUCACGCCAGCGCAUUGUCCAUCAAGAAAGACGAUCUUGACUGGGUAUGGGGAACCCAGCUCCGAUUCAUCCUACGGAAUUUCCCGAAUGUUCGUUCGAUCACCCUGGUUGCAACUACUGUCCUCAAUACUGCAAGGCCUCCCACGUGUCCGUUGCCUUAUGAGACAAUCGAUAUUGAGGCCAUCGAUGUAAGCGAUCGCAGGAGACUAGGUCUUGACGAAGGCCCUGGAGCUGUCAAGCUUUGUCCCGAGACCCAACAGCCCGGCAACUUCGUUAUACAGACUUGGGAGGAUUUAAGUCGCAGGUGGCCAUCGUGGUCAAACAGGAAGCAGGCUAACACAAGAUCGCCGGUGCUGACGGUCAUGGGUAUGAUGUGUUUUGCCGAGGACUGGCACAACUUAGAUCUGCAAGGCGAGCAUGGGAUGUCAUGCAAAGUUGUUGUGGAGAGACUGCCAGCAGCUCUCAGGACAGUCGCGAAGCAGCCUAUAUCCGGCCAUAGAGUGGAUAAAAAGCCAUCUGUUCCAAGGAUACCAUCGAUAUACGCGCUUCAGACACACGACGCAACGGAAUUAGGCAUGAAGGGCAAGACAGCAUUGAAAAGAGCGGUGUCGUCCCACACACAUGCCGCCGAGAUCUCCGACACUUCGGGAAGAUGA